AUGGGCUGCAAGGGUACGAAGGAACGUGAUGGGGGCGAUGAUCUCGUCAACAAACAGAACACCGCAAAUGGAGCCGAGGAGUUUAAUAUGCUUGCCGAGGAAAACCCUGUGGCCGCAAAACUGCGCGAAGAAUGGUCUAAAGUAGUGCAAUCUAUUUCCACUAUGCCUGCAGAGACCCGAGGAGAAGUUUGGGCAGAUACUGCCAACAAUCGUCUCACACACCGUUGCGUUGACAGGGUGGGAAAACUCUUCUUGGUGUAUAUAAGAAACGACCUUAUGUCUCGUGGAUGGGGCGGUAGCUUUGACUACACCGUUGUUGGCGUCACACAACAGGGAUUUCUAAAGGUAAGUGUUACACUUGAUGCUAGUACUGCCAUUAAACGGUCAGGGGACAUUGUGUGGGAGACUAAGGUGCAUUACUACAGCACUGCCUAA